GUUUAUAACUCUGUCGCGCCUGAGUGGAUUUUGCAUUUAUAUUAUACACAAAAACUUUAUGCAAAUAAUACGAAAUUUGAUUAAGUAUGUGUUAGACAAGAUAUUUCCACAAUCCUGUUUCGGUAAGAAAAUAGCCGCCAUGACAGAUAAAGAGCAAAAGAAGCCCUCGUCACCUUCGAACUUGGUUCGAGUGGGUUCUGGCUUAGUAAACAAGUUGGCACUUUUAAACCCAGUGACCGGCGAAUCAGACGAACCCAUCUUGGUCGGUUUUGAAGAUGUCAGUGCUGCAGCGUAUAGGAUACGAAAAGGAAUUAAAAAAACACCGUGUGAGGUAAAUAUCUGUAGAAAACUAGCUAUAAUUUUACAACAUCAUGGCUGAAUGUUCUUAGGGAUCAGUGUUUGUAACGUCGGACGGAAGCGUUCUCCGGUAGCUCAUAUUUAUGCCCCGGGAAUAAACAUUAUAAUCUGCCUGAUUAUAAUAACAUCAAUUUCCGUUGUAUUUAGUGACUACCCUUUUGGCAGAUCGGAAAGUUAACGAUUUGGGUAAAAACGUGUUAUUUUUAAUAUUGUUAGAGCAUUACUAAUAACAAUCAUGAAGAUUUGCCACGUUCCAUACAUAGACGUCACAGUAUGUUAAAAACAAAACAAACAAACGACUUCUAUAAUUAAUUUCCAAACCUUUCGUACCAGUUAAAUGAAUAGGAACCCAUUUGGAGGGGAGUGGGGGUGGGGGGCUAAUAAAUAGUUGUGGGUUGUGGGUGAUGGGUAAAGUGUCGUGAAACAGAGGCGGCUGCCGGCUAAUUUCAUCGGCUGAAAAAGAGCUUACCACCGGAUCAAAUUGCUCUGGAAAACAAAGACAAGGCCGGGGUAAUUUUGAAGAUGCAGCAAAGUAAAACAGUCGGUUUGACAAUUAAAAAAGCCGGCUUAUCUUUUCCUUAGCUACAUCCGAGUUAAUGUGACCACCUUUGGGCCAUAAAAUCCUGGUCGUAAUAAUAAGGUCAGGUUGCAUUAACAGGGACCUAUACAAAACAUGGACCCCCUAUCCAUGGACCCCUUCUUGGACCCCGUCCAUGGACUAACCAUGUGGACCACCCCUAAUUUGUGAAGAUGAAUUUUAUCAGAGGUCUUAAUGAACUCUAGGAAGACCUUAAAAAACUGCUCUCAGGCAAGAAGUCUUAGAAUGAAACUGAAUUUGCCUUUUAAGCUUUCAUAUCUGACAUCAAAUUUCGCACUAACCCUGGGUUAACUUAACCCUGCUUUGAACAGCCUGACCCAGGGCUUCCAACAAAACCUUCGAAAAAUCCCAGGAACAAAAAUUAACCCUUAAAAAAUCCCAUGCCAAAUUUCCUACAGAAAAAGGGCAGUCCUUAAUAAACUGGCCAAUAAACACAGCUACUUGGAUGAGUGAUCAACUAAAUAAAUGAAAGUCUUGUUGGAUAUACACCCCUGGCCAGUACAUCCUGCAAAGUUAAAUGUCUAACCAGGGGUAAGUGUGAAGUGUGUGUUAAUAUCUUGCCUUUUCUGAAAAUUCAGGACUUUUCAUGAAGUUUAUAAAGAAACCGCAAACACCUCUGGAAAAUAGUCAAACUGAAUCAGAUUUGUUACUUCUCAAGGAGUACAGGAUUGGAGGAUUAAAAACCGUGAAACAUACAGUAUGACGUCCGAUGAUUAUGAAUAUAGAGGGCAAUUGUUAUCGGCUAGUGUGGCUUUUUAUCGAGAAGUUCUUGACAUUAAUUAUUUUUAUCUUGAUGUUUAGAACUUCAUGACUCAAUUUUCGGACAAAAUUGAUUUUUAACGCUUUUGAAGGCUAUGUAAUUACUGAACAUUGAAAUAAUUGUAUCAUCUUUCCUACAGUUUUUUAAUGCCAACCCUCAUUGACUAAGGUUCACUUUCUCCUUGCAAACUGGAGAAACCACCUAAAACAUGCACACUAAUCGGUUUUGCUUUCUUUUCAGAGAUCCAGCAUGUCAGAGACUCUAAAUAUGGAUUUGUACUUCAAGAAGGAAUACCUUCAGCAUACUGGAAGGUCUGUAUGCAGUCAUUACAUAAUUUGUAUAAUCAUGUUGUUGUUAAUUUUAUUUCAGGUAAUUUUUCUUUUUCUUUUGUUUUUGGGUAUGGUAAUGUAUGCUAGUGAAGUUGAAACAACAACAAAAAAAAACAACAACGAAAUUACCUGAGAUUAAAAAAUUAACGACAGCAUAUACCUUAAUAGUAUAGUUUUACUUAGUACUGAUAUUUUUAAUUCACUUUCUUCACGACCCAUAACUGGGUAUGUCAUUCAGACUGUGAAACCCUUAAUCAUUGAAGCCUAUACCAAAUCACGUUUUGCUUUUUGAAAAAAAUCCCUUUCGUAAUAUUGUAAACUCAGACAAUAUAGAUCCAAGUAUAACUUAAGGCAGUCUGAUUUCUCCGCUGCCAGGUACAACACAGUAACAUAUGGCAAGCACUCCCUCCACCACUUGGUGCCCAGUCUCUGGGGAAAAUUAUCCCCAGACUUGAGAGAAGUUACCACCUUAAAAUGUUUCAAAAACAAAAUAUGUACAUUAGAUAUAGUUACACUAAUGGAUAAUGGAUGCACGUGUUGUCAUGCAUCUCUGCAAUUCAUAGACACAUUUGUCAUACUGUAAAUAUUGUUAAUGUCAUUUUUUUUCUUUUAAACCUGCGCUUAUAUUUAAAUAUUUUUUACUUUAAUUUACAUUUAAUUAUUUUGUGUCCCCUAAUUAGCAUAGGUUUUUAACCUAAGCCAGGAGGCUUCUUUAGACACCUUAAUAGAGUUUCAUCAUCAUCAUCAUUGUAAACUCAGACUAUGGACCAGAAAAUUUGAUUCUUCAUACCACUGAUUCAGUCCCCAUUUUAUGUCACUUAAUUCUAUACCAACACUAUCUGCUUUAAAUAUGCUGUAAAACAAGACUUUUAUAAAUAUUCAAUGGUGCAAACGCAUGUAGCCAAAAUUAAAGUGUUCUAGACUAGGAGCUGCAAUCGGCCAUGGUAUUGUGUAAUUACAUGUGUUGUAAAUAUCCUUUUGAUAAACAGAGCAAUUUUGUACAUUUGGAUUUGUGUAAGAGCAGUAACUAACUUACUAUAAUUUUAUCGUUUGUUUUGACUUUGAUCAAUAUGUCAUGUGAUUGCUUUAAAAGGUGAUGAUAAUUGCAAUGACCAUGACAAUAUCAUUAAUGGUUGGUGGUUUUGUGAAGUAAAGGAAAACAGAGAUACACUGUAUGAUCUGCACUGUACUGUAGGCUACAGGCUACUAAAAAGUGUUUUCUCGCAAAACCUCCACGAAUGAAUAGAUUUAAUACUGUAACUGGCGAGUAUUUGUGAUGUGUUCUUUUUAGUUUUCUGAUAUAUCAUUUUUAUGUGAUUUAUUCAUUUUAGCUUCAAAGAAAGAGGUGCUAGGAACACACUGCUCUUGUUGUCUAAAGUAGGUGUAAGUGGAAAUGUAUUUUUCCAUGUCUGUUUCCUCAUAGACAAUGGAUGAAUCCUUACACCUGUAUUUUCCUCAAGGAUAAAAAGAAUGAGAGGAUUGGGAAACCAUGUAAAGAUUGCCAACUGCAUGUUUCUUUUCCUCAUGGGAAGCAAUUUCUUUGAAGGUGUGCUUUUGGAGCUUGUACAUUUCUCUUGCUUGUUAUUAUCGCCUAUACGGGAAAAAAUACAGUGGCACUCGGUUUUAAUGUGGAUACCUACCGAUACCGGUCACGUGGAAAGCUCGCAUUAUAUAAAUUUAUCUUAGCACACAUGACAUUGUUUAUUGAUACCCUUUCAUGACCAAUUUGAAGCGUUUCCAUACAAAGUUAACAUCCCUUUCUGGGCAGUGGUAAUCUAGAUCUCCAGCCAGAAGGUAUUAUACCCAGUGAUAAGUUAACAGUGGGGGACUUAGGGUCCAAACUUCCCACCACCUACACCUUGCACUCACGGCUCCCACCCCUUUUUUUCUUGGCUCUCUCCCUUUAGCCCAAUUUAUUCUGCGAAAUAUUAAGCACUAUUGCAUAAUUCCCUCCUAUUUCUCCUACUUCCCGCACUUCUGGAACUCCCCACCUCCUGGUUUUCCACUAAAGGUGAUGUUACACGGGACGCCGGACUAGCAACAACGAUUUUUAAAUAACACGGCGUUACAACAUUGUUGUUACAUUGUUUCGAAUGGCUGCAAUACUGUUCCAACAUUUGAACCCAGUGUUGCGCUAAAAAUCGUCAUUGCGCAUCUUCCCGUGUAACAUCACCUUGAGACUUAAAGUUUAAUACUGUACUCAUUCCAACCUCUAGCUUAACAAUAUUUUUACUAUUGCCGAUGCACAAUGUCAGAAAGUCCUGCUUUUCUGUUACUUUACAGCAGCGUUUUUUUUUCAGGAGCAAAAGAAGAAAGGAGUAAUAGCAGCUUCGGCUGGGAACCACGCCUUAGCAUUAUCAUAUCAUGGAAAGGACCUUGGGGUUCCUGUGACUGUUGUAAUGCCACUGAACGCACCUAUCAUGAAGAUUUCAGCAUGCAGGAAACAUGGUGCUACUGUGCACGUGAAUGGUGCAGAUCUUAUUGAGGUGUAAAGAACCGAAUAGUUAACGACGCCGAUGAGUUCGAUAAGAAAUAUAUGUUAUCAUUCUACAUAAAAUUGAAAAAAUAUCUUCAAUAAAAGAAAGUGGCUAUGCAAAUUUGGAGUACAUUAAAAAUAUAAAGAGACGUCAACGGAACCGCUUAGGUACAUGACCACGUAUGUUAUGUUGUCACUUUUCAAAAUUCAAGAGUUGGUUCUUGGUAUUUUUCUUGAAUCAGUACGCUUGAGAAGAUAACAAGGUUUAACUCUCUCAUAGCGCCGCUUUAAGCGACCAAUUUUUAAAUAACCGUUUUGUUUCUCAAUCAAAUACUGCUUCAAAAACUCUCCCGUAAGCGACCACUCAGAUAUACAUGUGACGUUUUCCUCAACUCCUCAACAGUACACGAUUUUAUUGGUUACGUUAGGGUUACAUGACAUCUAAGAAUACUAUUGUUUCCCGCCAAAAGUCUCUGAGUGCUCAAAACUGCAAAAUCUGAGACGGUUCAUUUACCCGCGAAUGUUCAUCGUUAUAUUCAUACAUUUGAACACGUGUGUCUAGCCUGAGAAAACAACCGACGUUUGGCGACGUUACCACUGGUUUCCCCGCGAAAUGACGUCUGAGAAACGAGCGCAGAAAUUCCAUACUGAUGACGCGUCACUACCCAGAUCUUGGUAGUGCUUCUGAUUGGUCGUGAAGCGUGGGAAAUUUGAUUCAACCAAUCAGAAGCACUACCCAGAUCUGGGUAGUGACGCGUCAUCAGUAUGGAAUUUUUUCGGCCCUUCGGGCCUCAGUUUGGUCUUUAAAAUUGAAAAAAAAAUUGAAACGUCUCCUAUUAACGUAUGCCGUAAAUUAAUUGCUCUGUCUGCGUUUACAGUCAAAAGAAAUUGCUCUGAAGAUGGCAAAGGCAAAUGGAUUAGCAUAUAUCAAUGGGUGAGUUUAAUAAUUGAACAGUUAAAUGAUUAUAUUCUCGUUUCAUCACUGGCGUGAUCUCCUCAGGGGCCUCUUACUUAAAACUUAAGUAACGUCAUUUAUAACUGCCAACGUAUGGCGUUAAAAUGAAGGUUUUCACUGGCGUAUGUUUGAUAUGGUAACCAGUGCAGGGGCGACCAUAGUACGACAAAACUUAACGUACUUCAAAAACGACACGCAGCGUUUCGUUCUAUAUCUAAACACCGAGAAGUGGGCUGAAAAAUCGGAUGAAAAAGGAGGCGCAGCAAAAUAUUUUAAGACCGACUUUGAAGUGUCUGGACCUGGACGUCAGAUGCCAGGAGUGUUUGUUUAAUGUAGCUUCUCAAAUGAACAAUUAUUAUUAAAGAAAUUGAAAGCUGAAGUUCCCAAUUUGGUUAUUAGUAACUGAUGUCACAACCAUCAUCACGGUAGCAUAGAGUUUAUAAGGCCAUUUUCAAGUUCGAAAAUAACUCUCUCUUUCAGAACGAGGCCAAGUUGUUUUACAUUAGCGUCACUUCGAAGCAGAGGCUUAAGACAACUCGAAAAUAACUAGCCUGGGACCAAGCUCAUCCGCACUGGGGGAAAAAGUAGAAAAAAAUCGGCGUGGGCUGUCUUUUUCCCCCACUGCAGAGCCUGGUUUCCUUUGUUUUGUCUUAGUUUGGGAAUGUUAGUACACGUAAUUGUAAGGCUCGGUUGAAACCUCGUAUUUUACAUACAUGUAUGCCGAAUCUGAUGCAAAUGAACGAGAGGAAAAGAUUUUCUUCGGCACAUGUGAAAUGCUGCGUUUAAAUUGGGCCCAGAGAGCUAUGGCAAGAGUUCUUGUGACAUUACACGUAAAAAGGUGAAGUCGUUUCUGUGAGCUGCAGUUUUCAGAUGGUUCUAUUUUUCUUUUUAAGGUACGAUCAUCCUAACAUCCUUUCUGGCCAGGGUACGUUGGGUCUGGAGAUCGUCGAAGAGGUACCUGAUUUGGAUGCGGUUGUGAUCCCUGUGGGCGGUGGAGGCUUAUUGGCUGGUGUGGCUGUGGCAGUCAAAGGAUUACGCCCUGAUGUUCAAAUAAUCGUAAGAAGAACCCUCAAUAAAUUUUCUCGUUAUAGCAGAACAGGGUUCAGAAAAGUUAGAUCAUUCGGCCUAAAGGUAAAAUUCUAAGAAUAUUCUUAAACAAAAUAUUCUCAAAAAAAUGCAGAAACAGUUUCGAAUGCAUUGUUUACGGGAUGCUAUUUAUACAAGAACUCAAACCAUCAUUGAUUGUGCAAUCGGAUCCGAUUCCUUUUAAGCCUUUCUACAUAACUAUGAAGCAUGCACGAAUAUCUACUUUAUUCAAACUUCAGCUCUUUAGACAACUUUGAAAUUUAAGAUUUUUCACCCUUGAUAAUGAUGUGUGAUAAAUCGAAACGUCUUGUAACGUUUUCAAGUUCAAUUUUUCUUAUUCCUAAACACUUCUUAAAUGCUUAAUCAGUUCAUUUCCUUCAAAGAUUUUAAAGUAUUUGUUGAGAGUUUAUUAUGUUUUGAAAAACUUUUUAGUAUGGGUUUUCCUGAACUUUGCGUAUAACUUGUUGCGGGACUGUCUCGCAGUGCUGUGAUGAAUUUCCUUGCUUACAUUUACUUUUUCAUAGUAUUUUAACAUUCUGAAAACUAAACUCCCAUCGUCACGUUUUUGUUGACAAACGACAAGUUCAUAACGUGCUCAGGUUGUACAAAGACUUAUCAUAAGCGGACAACCCAAAGUACAAGACCAACCAACACGAUAGCAUCUGAGUUGCCUUGCAUUUUGUUUUCAACAAAUGGCUUCGCGAACAAAGUUGUCUGUGCAGACUUGAGUUUGGAUUACGAGAACUCUUUCUUCUUCCCUAAAUGCUUUGAACCUCGUGUUCCUUUUUUUUCCCUCUUCCAAAAAGACGCUUGUAAGUAUAUCAUAAAACAUAUUUAUAAGUAAAAGUGAAUUAUAUCGAAUUCCCCGGUUUAAGACGAUUUGCUUCUUAUAAUAAAUAAAUGACACUGAACCUUUUGGAGAUUUCAAGCUAUUUCAAAAACAUCUUAAAAUUUAAAAUUAAAAUUCACUUUAAGUUUAAUCGUUAGUUCAAGAUGUCACUCCUCUGAAAUAACAUGCUACAAUCGUAAGGUAAGACGUGUGUUUCUUAAACUUUUCUUAGACACAAGAAAAUUAAAUCGAGAAUAUUAAUUUAAGACGUUUAUAAACAUCAUAUAGAAAAGUAAGAGCUUACCCGUCUUAAUUUUAAGAUGGUCGCCCUCUUAAUUUAAGACUCUAUAUCUUAAGAUAAGUCGGCUUUAGGCUUAAAUUAAGAAGGUGACAAUCUUAGGUAAGACGCUGGGAGUCUUUGGUUUUUACGGAGGGGACGUCGUGAAGUUUUCCUUGCACAAGAAUAAUAAUAAUAAUAAUAAUAAUAAUAAAAUAAAACAAAUAAUAAUAAUAGUAAUAGUAAUAACACAUUCUUAUAUGGCGCAUUUACAAAGCUCAAUGCGCCUACAUCCCCUUUUCUUGCAAACAAACUUGAACAGAAGUGCCGUGUAGAGAAGCCCUCGUCCAGGAUCAGGAUGAGUCCUAGCAAGGAGGAUUUUCCUGCAUAUUACAUUUAAGCGUCGUUUAGUUACCAGCAUUAAUCGUGUCUAUUUCUCUACAGGGAGUUGAAUCAGAACGCUGCGCCAGCUUUCAGGCCGCAAUGGCUGCUGGUCAUCCAGUUAAAAUAGAAGCCAAUCAGUCUCUGACAUUAGCCGAUGGUAAGGCACUGUCCUUUCUGUAUAGAUCUCUUAACAUGACCUCUUCUGCUCCCAAGAUAGUUUUGUAAGAGUUCCAAGCUGAUGCAAAAUCGUAAAAUGCUAAAAAAGAGAUAGCAAGGUUUCAUUUUAAUGACACGCCCUCUUGAGAAUUUCUUCCUAGUUUUAAAGUGGUUCGACUGGUUCGACCAGUAUUUUUGUAGGUAGCCUUCCACCAUUGAACCUCUUACACCUAAACGGCUUCAUGUUUGUUUUACCUCGAUUACACAUAGACUGCCCUAUAUUUUGGGAUUGAAUACAUAUCGCUCGACAAGGACUUCUUGUUUCAGCUAGCUCUGUAUUGAAUUUUAACCCUUAUCCGUUAGUUCUCUGGAAAUGCUUUACCCCACAAUGCACGUAUACAUUGGCCGGGUUCUGCUAAGAGAAGUUUCACAAAAUUCAAUGCAGGAAAUUUUGAGAUAUUUUGGAAUUACUACCGUGAAAAAAUGUAAUUUAUGCGUGAACCUAGGACGUCUGAGCAAAUUUCCUUCUUAGAUGUUUGCAGAUAGUUUUUCCCAUUUAUUCUUUUUAAAAAAAAUGUCACGUAUGUACGUUAUCCAAACCAGCUCAAACCGCUGAAAGCAGGUACCGCUUCGCGAUCUGGAAAACGUGAUAAUGAAUCAGAACCAAUCUGGGUAAAACACAAGGCUGAGCUCUUUCAUAUAAUUUCUACUGUCACGAAAGAAGCGGUGAAAUUGAAAUUCGCGGAUUGAUUUUCUUUGCUAUUGAUCAGUGUUAGAUACAAUCAGUGAGUUUGAUGUCUGCCCGCAAAUAGCAAAAGCUUAACAAGGUGGGCAGUGGUUAUGGUUAUAGAGUCCCUAGUUGUACCACUGAAUUUACAUCUCUUCACUAUUUCAGCCUUUUUGUCUUUAUUUUCUUUCCCUCUGUAGUAUUAAAAUCCCAUUUAAGACUGUACUGUAGGAAAACUUGAAGGGAGCCUGGUGCGCUGAACGUGGGAAAUCCAAGGUGCCACCUAGCAUAGGAUUUUUAUGAAACAACUAAGAUUUCCUUAGUCGCCCAAGAACAAAACUAAUUAAGACACCAGGGGCCGUUGGCGCUGCUAAGGCACAACCCUAUGAUUGGUUUCUAUUUUAGUUUGUUGUGUCACAGAUUUAAACCGUUUUUAUACUCUAUUGUGACUUCUUUGAUUACAUGUCCUCUGUAGGGCUGUGUGUGUCCAAGGUUGGCUCCAACGCCUUUGCAACUGCCACAGGGAUGGUUGAUAAAGUAAUAAGUGUCAGGUAAGAUUCACAGGAACUCCAACUUUCAUACACUUUGAUACUUUGUUUACAAACAGCCAUAAAGGAGGAUCAAGAGGUGAUCCUUUUACUGACGGAUAACCCCUCUGUAGUAUUGGAAACCGCCGCAAAGGUUUGUAAAAUAAACACACACUUUAAUUCAUCAUGGCGGCCCUUACACUAAUUAACGACACUUUUUGGGCGCUCACAGUCCUGGCCCCAUAUGUUCAAAAGAUGGAUAGCGCUAUCCGCCGGAUUAAUCACCAGGGAAACCACUAGGGAGACCAACUGCGCUAUCCACUCGACAGAGUUUUACCUCCGGUGAAUAGCGUUAUCCACCUUCUGAACAACUGAGGCCCGGAUCAUGAUCAAGGCGGCAUACUAGGGGUAGUGACUGCCAGAGAUUUGUACUACGAACCUUGCGGUUUUUCCGCCCUGCAAACGGUUUGGUUCUUCGCGUGCACAGAUGUCUAGACAGAAAUGGCACUGGUCCGGGCGUGUCCAGCACUGGGAGAGCUUUUGAUAAGUACAGUAUAGUUGUUCGGUGUGAAUACGUUAAGGCUUAUAUUAAGUCAGUAAGUAUGGUCUAAAAUCCAGCGUAGCAUAAAAUCUCAGUGGUUAUUGUUUUUUUCCUUAGAACUCUAUGAAUCUCUUGUUCUCGGGAAAGUCAUGUCGUCAUGUCUCUUGCGUAGAAACCGAAAUUAACCUUGUUAUUUCAGUGAGGACUUCAUUGCCCUCGCCAUUUUGCGUCUGAUUGAGGAAGAGAAAGCAGUCGUUGAAGGCGCCGGAGUGACUGCCUUUGCUGCUGUUCUUGCUGGAUUGUUGCCCGAGCUACAGGCUAAAAAGUAGGUGGAUGAAUGAUAUUACGGUAAAUGUACAAGAGAUCGUAUAAUGAGUUUCCGAAAUUAAAUCAAUGAGGGAUACUGGCAGUAAUUAAUGUCAGCGUAGUUCUAUCCAUGGUUAGAUCUGCAACCGGUUUGCUAAAAAUGAGCAUUAUGGUAUCAACACUAAUACUCGCGUUUCACCCUUUUGCAUUAGAAGGAUAUAUUGCUGAUUUCUCAAACAACAAAAACUGCAAGUUCAUAUCCCGUCCAAGGUCUUAUCUUUUCCUGGAGUAUUUCAGGAUUUGUCUUAAACAUUUGAAUAAGCGUUGUGAGCGAUGUUGUCUAUUUUAUGUAUGGAAUUGUUUGUUUAUUGACCUCUGGUUUUACCUUAAUCUCUGUGUGUGUUGUUUGAGGAGUGGCACAUAGAAAAGUAGUAUGAUCAACUAAGGUUACAGAAUAAGUUUAAAUGUUUCGGGCGCCAGACCCUUGUCACAGCGCUCUAAAGGAUUCUCCUUGACUAAAGAUCGAGGGACUAAAGUGUCAGUUUUGGGGAAUCUUUUUAUUCUGGCCAGUUGUUGUUAGUGAGUUGGUAAAUCAAACCUCAAGCUAAGCGUAAGGUCGCAGGGAAAAAUCGUUUUGUUGUGUUAUGAAAGACUGUUGCUGAAAAAACUUAACUACGCGUAAACAGGUUUUUCAGCUUAAGCAACACUUUUACUACUUGUUUUCCACCUUUAAUGGUCACUUUGCAAACUUUUAAUGAAAUUUGAGGGUGCCUCAGAGUGACAAGUUAUUCAUCUGGUUUUAAAUCAAACGUCUUUCCUAGGGUAGUUAUUCCACUGUGUGGAGGGAAUAUCGACUCCACAGUGCUGGGUCGCUGUAUUGAUCGCGGUUUAGCCGCCGAUGGAAGGCUCUGUAGAUUUAUCGUCACCGUCAGUGAUAGACCAGGAGGAAUUGCAGAACUAACAAGGCUGUUGGCUUCAAUGGGAGCUAGGUAAACUUAACUUAUGAAAAGCGAUUUUCUGAAAAGUGCUUUCUUUAAUACUUUACUGUGUUUCUGAUUGGCUGACAGUUUUCCGCUCUUUGCGUCGGUUGCCUGUUGUUACCUCCACUUCUGACUGGUUCACCGUACUCCUCUGCGGAAGCCUCUCUCUAACUUCCUUCCCAGCAUGGCUUUUUUUUCCUGAAAUUUCCUUUGCCUCAGAGAUAUGGUAGGAGUGAGGAUGUUUUUUUGUGUCUUAAUUGGUGCUAAGACGCGCGGGCGAGGGAGAGGGGAAAGCGCGCAGGUAAUGCUAGGAAGAGAAAAUAAUUUAUAUUUGUUACGAAUUCAUUUGAUUAUGAACGGCAUCCUCCUAUACGGAGGAGUCGACCAUGGUAUUAGUUUGGUUUCCGUUUUACGGACAGUUACAAAAAGGUAAGUUUGAUUUCUCUUAAUGAAGAAUUUUUUAACUAUAAGUUAUCAGAACUUAGUUUGGAAGACAAAGACUUACGUGUUUCUUACGUCAUCAACAAUCCCGCCAACAAUAUGCCGUUUGACCCUUUUGUCGGGGGUCAUUUUUUUUUACCGUUUUCCGACUCCCCAGCCCCCCCCGGUUUCCAAUCAACAGUGAUUACCGUAGCCGUCGGCUGUUUUUAAAAUCGUUUUCUUGACUGGCCUCUUUUAUUGCAAGAACAUUUGUCCGGUGAUCACUGUUUUGUGUCCUUUAAUCUCAAUGACAACAACAAAGUGCUGUUAUUCUCUCAAUUGAAUUUCAGCGUAAAAGAUAUUUUUCAUGAACGGGCGUGGCUUAUGUCGAGCGUGUUUAGCGUACAGGUGAGUGGGUUACAGUCUAAUCUGUGUACAUUUAACAAACAAAGAAGCCUAAAAUUUAUAUUUCAUUGUUGUGACAGAUCAAAGUUGUAGUGGAAGUUCGAGAUCAGCAGCAUGGACUUCAAGUCAAAGAAGCGUUGGAACUGCAAUAUCCGGAUAAUCUGCUUUGGGGACUGGACUCGGGCCUUAAGGACCUCACUUGUAAAAAGACAGGAAUAUAACCAGAAAAAAGUGCACCACAAAUUCAUCCAAAUAUCAUGAUAUGCUUACAAAUCUUAGGUGUAAAAGAUAGUUUCCUAAUUUCUGUACCACUUCUCUAGAGUAUAAAAUGGGUUAUUUGGCAAUUCAUAGAGAUUGUAAACGUGAGAACACAGGCGAUAUCACGCGGAAACUGUCGCGUGUUAUUUUUAGAAUACUUUUAGAUAAUUCAAAUAACUGUUGUAUGCGUCGCAGUCAAUUCAGUGCAGUGGUAGUAUUACCUGAUUGGUACCUUCCGAUACUCUCGAGCAAUUUUAAUAUUUGCGAUUCUUUUGUGUCGUAAUAUCUUUCUGAAAACAAAACUCCUCUUUCAAAGUGGGCCACACCCUGCAAGCGGAGUCUCUUCGGUCUUCUUGAGUGAGAAAGAGAACAAGGAGGCUCUGUCUGAAUUGUGUCAAGCCUUUGAAUUCGCCCAUGCUUGAACUUCUGGACCUGUCUGUGUAGUCAAACUCAUUUUCCGAGUGCGAGUAUCCGUUUGUUGAUAAUCCAGUGGUUAUAACUGAGCCCGCUGAACUAAGCGCACGGCUUCAUUAGGCCUGGGUUCAAAACGGGGUCCAAGCAACAAGCAGCUACUUGCUCAAAAAAGAUCUUACUCGAUUCAUGCUUACUCGAGUCUUUCUCUAGUAUGCAAAAAUCGAGACCAAGUAAAGGAAAGGCUUUGUUAGCAGGGUGAGUGGGCCAUUAAAUCGGAUUAGAAGCAAAGGGAUAUAUCAAGGUUGCUAUAAGCCAACUUGUAAAUAGGUCAUAACGCGAAAAAUUUCUUUGGAAAC